GGAUGAAGGAAAACGGCAGCCAGGUUUCUUGAGCGAGUAGCUGAAGGGCCAGUCAGCUGUGAAAGGCUUCGACUCUAUGUACAAUUGUAGUUCAGCUUAGGGACCGCGAAAGAGCCACGGAUUUUACUCAGCAAGCUGUGAGAUGGAUAACAACAAACGGACUGUGGUCGUAACAGGUUUUGGACCAUUUGGAGAGCAUACUGUCAAUGCCAGCUGGGUAGCAGUUCAGGAGCUGAAGAAGCUCGGGCUGGGCAAUAAUGUGGAAUUGCAUGCAUAUGAGGUGCCUGUAGAGUACCAGACAGUCCAGAGUUUGGUUCCAUCAUUAUGGAAGCAGUAUCAUCCACAGUUGGUAGUUCAUGUUGGAGUCUCUGGUAUGGCCACCACUGUCACACUUGAGAAGUGUGGGAGAAAUCAUGGCUACAAGGGUCUGGACAACAGCAGCUUCUGUCCCGAUUCACAGUGUUGCAUUGUAGGAGGCCCAGACUGUAUCAAGUCAGUUAUUGACAUGGAGUCAGUCUGCAAGCGAGUGACUGCAUCAGGGCUUGGAGUAGCUGUUUCAGUCUCCAAGGAUGCUGGAAGGUAUCUCUGUGAUUUCACCUACUACACGUCUCUGUACAUGAGCCACGGUCGCUCUGCCUUUAUUCACGUGCCUCCUAUUGGAAAGCCUUACAGUGGGGAAGACCUGGGCCUUGCGCUGCAGGCCAUCAUUCGGGAAAUGCUGGAGCUUCUGGAGCUUCUGGAGCAGGCGCAGGCGAAGAUCCACUGCCAGCAGGUCAUUCACUAAGUGUCCUCCAAAUGCCAACCAGCCUCUCCAACCCUCAACACAAGAGAAAUUGCACUUGACCACAAGUAGCCAAACUUCUUGUUUUGUUUUUUAACUGUUGUUUUUAAUUUGACAUGAUGAAAUUUCAGAAACUAGGUUGUAUACUGUCUGUCAGCUUUUGCUUGUUUUUUUUUUUUUUAUAUGUGUUGUUACACCUCAUUCAAUGUGGUGGGAAUCUUAAGACAACCCUUUGUCACACUGAAAUGAAACCUUUUAUCAAACUUCCAAGUAGCAAGAAGCAUUCUGAUUUUAGAGUUUAAUGUAUGGUUUAAAUAAAAGAAAAAGAAAGAAAAUGAGAACACAGGGGGGGAAAAAAGCUGCUUUGAUGUGUUCCUAUGCCACCACAGGUGGAUCUAGAGAGGAUAGAUAUAUUAUGAUGUUGAACCCCAAGUGUGACUUUUAUUAAUGCACCUUAUAGUGUAGGGGUUAUUCGGAUGUUAUAGAGGACACAUCUGGGGAAAAGUAGAAUCAGAAUGCUUCUUUCACAGACUUUUCCAUUUAUAAUUAGGACUUUGUUCCGUCACAAUACGUUUCGUUUAGCAGGAGUUCACACCUUAGUAUCUUUAAAUUGUUAAUGUACAUAAUGCAUAAUGUUUAGCAGUAAACUAUUUGCUAAUUUCAUUUUUCUUCAUAUGCUUUUUCUUUCCCGGCUGUCCUGAGCCUACAUUUCCUGUUUCCUGUUUGAUGUUGAAUUGUUUCUUGAGUUCUUUUUCUUUAUAAGAAGUUGUAAAUUUGCCUUCAUUUACAAAGGUUAUUUAAAUCAGGGAACGGGUUGGUUCCAGCUCAUACUUCCCCAGUUUUUUCAGCCCAGUUCUGACAGAAAACAAACAGACAAGUCUGCCCCACUGAGAUCCGGCCCUGGGCUGUGCAAUGUUAUUUUCCAGAUCUCGUUCACCGAAUAUGUAAGAAGUCCAUGUCAUGGUUUUAUUAUGGCUGCACAACUGUUGAGGAUAGGUUUGGCUUUCAAGUUUUAUUUAUAGACGUUUAUUCUGGCUGCAUGAAAAGAGAAUCUAAAGGAAAAGUAUGCAAAACUGCAGUAAGCAAAUGUGUUAUACAAUCUAAACUGUAUGUCAGUUACUUUUCUUUUUUACAUACUAAAGGAGUGUUGUUUGUAAGACCUACACCAGGGGAGAGUCUGUCAAACUGCACACUGAUGCCAAAUUACCAGAUACUGGAAUGCUUUGAGUUUCCUAUUUGCAUUUGUCAGCAUGUGAUGUUUAAUCAAAAAUGCAAAAAAUAUGCAAAUCAGUACCAAACUUAUAUCUGUUUUUCUUUUAUAGUUGUGCAGUCAUAAUUAUUACUUCUUGAUCAAAGCUUUCUGAUGUCCUCUUCAAUGAAUCAGAUAUAGUUACUUUAGUUAUGUCUAAAGUUGAUUUGAUGAAGUGGGACUCCCACGUUUAGUCAAAAUUGGGCCUUGCUUUUAUUUCUGUUGCACUAUCUGCUUUUGUACAUCAGUUUACUUAAUCUGGAAUUUCUCAAACACUGUGAAAGGUUGCUUUUUUAUAUGUAUAUUUUUGUUUUCUGUCACUUUAACGUAGAACAUGUAGCUUUUUAAACAAACAUCCAGUUUUAACCUUGUUUCUCCCAAUGAUAAUGGAAAUCUAUGUAAGAAAUGCUUUAUUAGUUAGUUGUAAUUAAUCUUUAAUUUCCGAGCUUUGCUUUGUGCUGAAAUGUCACAAAUAGCAGAAAGUUCCAUCAUUGUUUCUGUGAUUGUAACACUCCUGGGUGUAAAUUAGCUGUUUUAUGGAUUUUUUUUAUUUUUAUUGGGUUUUCUUCUGUUUUACUAUAAAGACCAGAGUCUCCCUGACUUCUGAGCAGACAGGACAGCUUAUGCCACCUCACACUACGGCUUGAUUGGUGAUUGUAGAAAUGUUAGUAUCAAAUGGUCUACUCCAUCCUGUGCAGUCCAGCAGAACUGUGAGGAAGACACAGAUGCAGUUUUAACUGAUAUAGCUAGGCCUAUAAUACUAAAAGUGUCAUAUCACAUCAGUUUUUAAGCAAUUUGGCACUAUUUAAGUAGGUUGUCAUUUUAUUGCUAUUCUGGACAAAGUGGUUCACAUAAAGUACUGUAGGAUCCUGGAGCUCUUGGCUGAACUCAUAGCCAACACAAAUUUUGUAAUAUUCUUUGUAAUUCAACGUGUGUCAUGGCUCUAUGGUCUUAAAAUCUCUGGAGUUAUUAAACAUUUUAGCUAUGUUUUCAGUGCUGACAUUUCACAGUGUAACUUUGUGAGUGUUAAGUUGUGAAAGGGUUGUGAAGAAGCUGUCUGCACAAUUUUUGCCUCAAGUUUACCUAUGAGGUGACCCCUGAACCCCAACUCUCCUGUGCCUUGUUGUCAUUUAUGUGUGUCCUGAAAAGGCUUUACUAAUUCUCAGUGGGUCAGUUCAAAGAUGUAUUACUAAUUCUGUCCAGUCAGAUGUGUGGCUACCUCAAAAAUACUUUUUUUUUUUUUUAAACUUGGCGUGUGCUCUGUUGUACACCAGCAUUAUGGCUCUGUGAUUUAUCAUGGGUUCCUGUGUUUUGGAGUAUCCUCUCAAAGGUUUCUUCUGUCAUUAACAAAGCAGUGUUAACACUGGUAAUCUUGCUUUGUAAAAGAGGCUUUGAAAUAAAAAAAACUAAAUAAUA